GCUUUCACUUGUGAUUACGUUUCGCUGUCAAUGAAUUGACUGAGUUCACUUUCUUUCACUACUUGACUGAGAAACAAGCUUCAGUGCUCAACGGAAUUAAAAAAUGGCAGAGAAAUUGAAAGAGGAUGCAACCCAAACUGGAAACAAGGACUUCUUGUUGGAGGACGAUCCUGAUCAGCCGAGUGAGUCGCCCACCCAGAAGGAAUCGACCACCCAGAAGGAAUCGCCCACCCAGGAGGAAUCGGCCACCCAUGAGGAAUCAACCACCCAGAAGGAGGGAUCGCAGUCCGCAGAGGCCGAGGAAGAAUACUUUAGAACAGUGAGCGGGCGCAUCGAUGAGGACAUAAAACACCUGGAAGAGAUGAUUGCCCUGAAUGAGGACGAAUGUAAUAGGCAGUUAUUCAAUCGUCUCCUGAAUAUAAUCGGAGUUGAAAUAGAAAAAAAUCUAAAUUUGCAGAAGAAGUAGUAUAUGCGAUUUCUGUUAACCUACUCCCAAAAUAACUAUGAAUUAUCGAAUGGUCUUAGUGUUGACGCAUAAAUAUAUUAUGACCAUCUAAUCUGAAUUGGAGCUUUAAUUAGCAAAUUUUAUCAUUUGCAUUUUCUUGUUACUUCCAAAUUCGGGGCGGGUAUAACAUCAGAUCAUCUGGCAUGGUAGAUUACUCUGCUGGGCUAUUUUAUUUUCAUACCCGAGUAAAGGGAUACACUGAUUUUUGAUUUCACCACCCAGACGGAGGGUUCGGAGUCCUCAGAGACAUGUCUCUCGACAACCGUCGUCUUUAAUAUCCAUCAUGAUCCUGAAUACAUCGAUGACAUCGACAGGAUUUACAAGGAACCAAAUUCCCGUGUAACGGAAAAAGUAGGUGUACGGAUUAUGAGCGGAGUCACCCGGUGCCUCAGCUGUCAUAACAGCGGAUUAACAUUUUAUGUAUCGAUGCUAAUUGAACUCAACUGUAUUCUUUCUUUCCUACUCUUGUAAUUUUGCGGUCAUAGCGAUCAGACGUGAUUUUUGUAUAUGAAGAAAUAAAUGAAGUUAAAUAGUGUA